CUUCCACCCGUCUCCACCGUCAGUUCGUAAUGUCACUUGUUACAGUGUAGUAUGUCAAAUUCAGCUCGGCGCGAAAGUCCACAUGCCGUCAACUCGCAAGACACUCAUCACAAAUGCUCGCCCAAUGAAAUUGACGACGAGCGCGAAGCUACAGAACUUGAUUUAGUACGACACACGAGUCUAGAGACAAUCGUGAGAUCGGCUUCAAUAGACGCGACAAAUACGUCUAGUGUUGGUGAAAACUUUACAAGAUUUAGUGGCUUGAGGAGAUGGUGGAAGCACUAUAUACAAUUACAUGUUCCUCACGCGGAUUGUAGAGAUCAUCUUGCGAAUGAGAGGACAUUUCUUGCCUACCAACGAACAUCGCUUGCUCUAUCGAUGCUGGGGAUUGUCACCGCGCAGCUCUUCAGUCUUCAGCACUCGCCAGAUCCAGCUUCAGAUCCUGUGUUUGGCUAUCACACUCUCGGGAAGCCUCUAGCGGCUCUGUUCCAGAGUGCCGCAAUCGUCGUAAUCCUCAUUGGCGGCCAUCGAUUUUGGCGUCAGCAAAUGAACAUGGCCAGAGGCAGAGUAUGGGCUGGCGGCUGGGAGAUAUGGUCAAUCAUGGGAUUCAUGUUGCUGCUUCUCGUGUUUGUGUUUGGUCUUUUAAUCGCCUGUGAUGCGUCGGUGUAACGAUGGGUACUGCUUCGUGUGCGGCGCAGCGACGUCCGAAAUCUGCCCGACACGACCAUGGCAAUCUGAAAGGAGCGUAGGAAUCUCCCUCUUGUCCGAGCUCGAAAAUUUCCGAUCCGACUAGUGCUGAAAUACGAA